AGACAAUUGUAUAUCUGUCAAGUUUCUUAUAAAAUAUAAAUAAAAUGGAAGAAUUGGAAAAUUUGGGUGAUCUUUUGCCGACAUAUUAUGCAAGAUUAUUUCCUUUUCACGAUUAUUAUCGUUGGCUUAGUUACGGAAAUGUGAAUACGUUUAACAACAGAGAAUUUUCAUUCACUUUACAAGAAGAUAUUUACAUUCGUUUCCAAUCAUUUAAAAAUGUGAAAGAAUUAGAACUUCAAAUCAGAAGACUCCUUCCUGUUAAAAUAGAUGUAGGAGCAAUAUAUAAUUACAGUCCAAAAGAGCAAAAAAUAAGAGGUACAAAUUUUCAUCCUGUUGAAAAAGAACUAGUAUUUGACAUAGAUAUGACCGAUUAUGAUGAAAUAAGGACAUGUUGUAGUGGUGCAGAUAUUUGUGCUAAUUGUUGGAAAUUUAUGGCAUUGGCUUGUAAAAUUUUAGAUAAUGCUUUAAGAUCGGAUUUUGGAUACAAACACAUUUUAUGGGUAUUCUCUGGCAGAAGAGGUAUUCAUUGUUGGGUAUGCGAUCCUUGUGCACGUACUUUAACUGCAAGAGAACGUGGUGCAGUAGCAGAAUAUUUACAAAUUAUAGAUGGUGGUGAAUAUAUGAAGAAAAAAGUAAAUUUACCUGGAGAUAAAAUACAUCAUUCCAUUAAACGUGCAUUGGAAACAAUAGAAGCUGUCUUUGUUCCAUUUUGUAUAGAAGAACAAAACGUAUUAGGAACAGAUGAUGGAGUAGAAAAGUUUCUACAGAUAUUUAAUGAUGAUGAAAUUAAACAAGAACUAAAGUUACUUUUUGGCCAAUACAAUUCUAGCAAGGAUAGAUGGAAUGUAUUUGUUAAACAUAUUAGAAGCAAGAAGACUACGGGAGACAAAAAAUGGUAUCAAUAUCGUCAUUUGGUAGAAGAAAUAAUGCUGCAAUACGCUUAUCCGAGAUUAGAUAUAGCUGUCAGCAAAGGAAUGAACCAUCUUCUGAAAUCUCCUUUCUGUAUUCAUCCAAAAACUGGUAAAGUUUGUAUUCCAUUCACCGCGAAUACGGUGGACAAAUUUCAUCCCGAUAAAGUUCCAACAAUUAAAACAUUGAUCGAAGAAAUAAAUGAAUACGAUUUGAAAGAUAAAACCGAACAGGAAACUUAUGAUUUGAAUACGAAGAGGAUAAAAGAUUAUAAAAAAACUAGUCUUAAUAAGUCAUUGCAUAUUUUUCAAGAAUUUCUAAGGAACAUGGAAGUGGAAAGAAAGGAGCAAAGACUCAAGGAAAACGACGAAAAAAUGGAAUUUUAAUUCAAAAAUAAUAUAUUUUUUUAAUAAAUUUACGAAUAAAAUUAAUUUUUUUAUUGUUUAAAUAAAUUUAAAAUCGUUCUAAUACGUUUAUAAAUAAAAUUUAAUGUUUUGCAAAAAA